CUUGUAAAGUUUCUCUUUUUCUUAAAAGUUGCUCUUUGACGAGACUCGCAUCAGAGCGGGAGACAAGGUUCUUGACGAGUGUCGACAUAUCAGUGCUGGUCACCUACGUUGCCACAAUCUCGUUAUUGCUUUCGGGCUGUCUGUCUGUUCUGAAUAGCUUCUCCUUCUUCGGUGGCGGGCUGGACCGAUUGUGUCUGGUUUUAACUUGAACAUAUCCUUCUUUUCUUGACAGGUAGAUAGGAAACAAACAUCGAGCCUGAUACUCUUUUCACUAUCCUCGACGACGUUGCUCUCACUUCACAGCAGUUCCCAUUCCGCUUUCGAAAGACGAAGAAGACAACCAACCGUCGUCGCCAUGCCAAUAUUCCCCUUCGCACCCACCACCGCUCUCGCCCUCCUCUCCGAGCGAGCAGCAAGCCCCCGACUUCCCGUACCACACGCAGCCUACAACUUCUCCUCCACUAACUCCUCCUCCAACUCCUCUUCUCCCUCUCCCUCCUCCAACUACACCCUCGUCGACCUCUUCAACGCCCAAAACUUCUUUUCCGAAUUCGCCUUCUUCAACGGCCCCUCCGAUCCCACCCACGGCUUCGUCCAAUACGUCUCAGACUACCAAACCGCCACCGACACCGGUCUAGUCGGCUACGCGCCUGACGGCGUCAUGUUGGGAGUCCAUUACAUCAACAAGUAUAUUUCUUCUUCUUUUUCUUCUUCCAAAAAUGCUGCUUCACCCCACGGCCGGCCCUCGGUUCGCGUAACCUUCAAAAAGACUUACACGGAGGGAUUGUUCAUUGCGGAUAUCUAUCAUAUGCCCUCGGGCCUCUACGAUCACGAUGACGACGGUACUUACAAGUCUUCCCGUGAUGACUCCUCCUCCUGCGGCCUCUGGCCCGCCUUCUGGACCUUCGGCCCCAACUGGCCCGCCUCGGGCGAAAUCGACAUUCUCGAAGGGGUAAACACGCAAUCAACAAACUCCAUCACCUUACACACCUCCGGGACAAAAAGCACCAAAAAAGGAUCGGAGGGGGGAGGGACAUGUAACAUUUCCUCCACGGGUUCGUCGGCUUCGGAUACCAAGCUUGCUGAUGCGGAUUGCGCGAGUAACACGGGGUGUAAGCAGGAUACUACUACGGGACAUGGGAGUAGUGAUGGAGGAGUGGGAAAAAACGGAACGGGGAAUAAUUAUAGGGUUGGGUUUAAUAAAGGCGGAGGAGGGAUUUAUGCUGUUGAGUGGUGGUCUUCUUCUGAUGUUGUUGUUGUUGGGUCGGGUGAUGGUGGUGGGAAUCACGACUCGAGUAGUGGUGAUGGUGGUGGUGAGAAUAAGGAUAAAGGAGGAGGAUCAACAGGCUUCAUCAAAGUCUGGUUCUUCCCGCGCGGAUCCGAUCUGGCGACGAAACUAGCCGGAAACACAACAACGACAACUACUACUACUACUAGAGGGAUUGCAUCUUCCUAUUCUUCCUCUUCGUCUAAGAACAUGACCGCAGGCGGUGUUGUUUCUUCUGCAACACCGGGGGCGGACCCGUCAAAUUUCGGAACGCCGCUGGCCGCCUUCGUAUUUGAUCGUGGCUGUUCACUCCGGGACCAUUUCAAGAACCACAGCAUCGUUUUUAACACGGCGUUUUGCGGAGACUGGGCGGGCGCGGUAUGGGAUAAGAACCCGACGUGUAAGGGGUUGGCGAAAAAGUGUGAGGAUUAUGUGGGAGCGAAUCCGGGUCAGUUCAAGGAGGCGUAUUGGGUUGUCAAUUCGAUCAAGGUUUACCAGCGACACGGCAGGAAGAGUUGAGAAAGGUAGGCCAAGAAGAUUAUGUCUUACUUUAGCAUCAACUAGAAAGGGAGGUGAGAGG